UUCAGUUCUCACGAGUCACGGCUACCUUCCAAGUUCAGUUUCGAUCUUCUUAAACGAAGGCGAAAAGACUCGACUUCACUGCAGAACAAAUUUUUUUCUCUAGGGUUUCUACUGAUAUCCUUCUCAGAAGUGUUUGCAGGUAUUGAUAUGUUAUAAAUGCUAACCUACUGGAAAGUGAGAUAAUGGCUGCUGCUGAUGCUUGCAUCAAACCGAUUUUUUUUGAUGAUGGUGAAGAUGAAGAUGGACCUGCAGUUUUCAAAAGGAGUAAAACAGCAUCUAAGAGAACUGAUUGCUCAGAACUAAAGAAGUUGUCAUCCCAAAGGCCUAAUGGAUCAUCAGGGAGGGGUGUCUUCCAUACUCCAGAUGGUCAAAAUUCAAGUAUGCUAAAGGGAAAAUCUGUUUCAUCUUCAAAGAUGUCAUCAAUGAAGUCAAAUGUGGCAAGUUCAAAUGCAUCAACUUCUAUAGCAGAUAAGUCAAAAUCUUCAGAACAAAACUCAGAAAUUAACAAGAAGGAGAAGGUUCUUUCGAAUAAGCCUCAGAAUGAACCAAAUGAGGAUUCUGAUGAUGAAAGACCAUUGAGUGCUAGAAUGGCUACAGCUUCUGGGGCAUUACCAAAGUGCCAAUCACCUAAUAACAAAUCACCUUAUCAUUUGAAGGGGCUUGGUUCACCUGUUCGUUGCUCAUCAAACUCAGAUAAGACAAAGGUUAACAUUAAGAAGUCUGAUGAAGAUCUGGAAGAUGAUCUUCCUCUGUCAUCAAAGUUCCAGUUAAAGGCAAGUGCAGGCUUAUCCAGUAAGAACUCAUGUGACUCUGAUGAGGAUAAACCUUUAGCUUCUAAGCUUCAGAAAAAUGGUUCCAGCAAGUGGAAUAAUGAACUGUUAAAGUUCCCAAGACCUCUGAGCAAACCAAGUACUUCAGGUCAGUCUUCAAUUAAAAAGCCAAAAUUUUCAGCUAUUCAUGUUCCAGCCAAAGUUAAGCAAGUAACGGUGAAAGCAGAAGCAGAAACAGAUGACGAUGACAAUGUUCCUAUUGCCCAUAGAAUGGAGAAGACAGCUCCUUUGGACGAUAAAGCAAUAUCUACCAAGAAAGCAAUAGAGGCUGUUUCUUCUUCAGUCAAGAAAACACCCAAGAAGUCAAAGAAGUAGGCAAAGAAAUCUAAAUAUUCUAAGUCAAUGAAAGUUCCUCCUAGCUCUGGGGAAGGACAAAAAUGGACUACCUUGGUACAUAAUGGUGUCAUUUUCCCGCCUCCAUACAAGCCACAUGGGGUUAAGAUGCUUUACAAUGGGCAUCUGAUUGAUUUGACUCCAGAACAGGAGGAGGUUGCAACAAUGUUUGCAGUGAUGAAAGAUACAGAUUAUGCAACCAAACCAAGAUUUAUAGAAAACUUCAUGAGUGAUUGGAGACAGAUACAUGGAAAAAAUCAUAUAAUUAAGAAAUUUGAGCUUUGUGAUUUCACACCAAUCUAUGAAUGGCAUCAAACGGAAAAGGAGAAGAAAAAACAGAUGAGUGCAGAGGAGAAGAAGGCAUUGAAAGAAGAGAAAUUGAAGCAAGAGGAGAAGUACAUGUGGGCUGUUGUUGAUGGUGUUAAAGAGAAGGUUGGGAACUUCAGAGUAGAGCCGCCUGGGUUGUUCCGUGGUCGCGGGGAGCAUCCAAAGAUGGGAAAAGUGAAAAGACGCAUUCGUCCUAGUGAUAUUACAAUAAAUAUAGGAAAGGAUGCUCCAAUUCCAGAAUGUCCAAUCCCUGGUGAAAGCUGGAAGGAAGUAAAGCAUGAUAAUACUGUCACAUGGUUGGCAUUUUGGAAUGAUCCAAUCAACCCUAAAGAAUUCAAGUAUGUCUUCUUGGCUGCUAGUAGUUCCUUGAAAGGUCUGAGUGACAAGGAGAAAUAUGAGAAGGCAAGGUUACUGAAGGACUACAUAAAUGAUAUCAGGGCAAAGUACACAAAGGAUUUUGUGAGUAAAGAUAUUACAAAGCUGCAAAUAGCAAUUGCAACUUACCUUAUUGAUAAGCUGCCUCUAAGGGCGGGCAAUGAGAAGGAUGAUGAUGAGGCUGAUACACUUGGCUGUUGCACACUGAAGGUGGAAAAUGUUACGUUAAUCCCUCCAAACAAGUUACAGUUUGAUUUCCUUGGUAAAGAUUCCAUUAGAUAUUUCAACACGGUGGAAGUUGAACUUCCUGUAUAUAAAGCAAUUGGACAAUUCAAAGAAGGAAAAAGUAAUGGGGAAAAUUUGUUUGACAACCUGGAUACCAGUAAACUGAACGCUCAUCUGAAGGAACUCAUGCCAGGCCUCACAGCGAAGGUUUUCCGUACAUACAAUGCAUCUAUUACUUUACAUGAGAUGUUGAAUAGAGAAACCAAGGAUGGUGAUGUUGCGGAGAAAAUUGUUGUUUACCAACAAGCAAACAAGGAGGUUGCAAUUAUAUGCAAUCAUCAACGUAGUGUCUCAAAGUCCUACAGCACACAAAUGUCAAGAUUGAGUGAGAAGAUGGAUGAACUAAAGGCUAUCCUCGAUGAACUUCAAAGGGAUUUGGUAAGGGCGAAGAAAAGAAUGCCCCCUUUGAAAGGCGCUGAUGGGAAGCCUAAGAACUUAAGCCCCGAAGCGUUAGAAAGGAAGAUUUCCCAGACAAAUGCUAAGAUUGAAAAAAUGGAGAGGGAUAUGAAAACAAAGGAGGAUCUGAAGACCGUGGCAUUGGGCACGUCAAAGAUAAACUAUCUGGAUCCAAGGAUAUCGGUUGCAUGGUGCAAGCGCCAUGAAGUUCCCAUUGAGAAGAUAUUCGACAAGUCCCUCUUGGCAAAGUUUGCGUGGGCAAUGGAUGUUGAUCCUAGCUUCAGAUUCUGAUAUUUUACAUGAUACCUUACCCAUGAAUUUUCCCUGAGACGGGCUGUAUGUUUACCCUUCACAUGUUCUCAAUGUUAACCCCAUUCUUCUCUCUAGGCAGAAAUUUCAUGCUGGACGAGCAUCUGUCGAGUUGGGUUGUGAACUUGUGAUCACCCAUUAACCCCCAUGCAUUGUUUAAUCAAUUAGAAGAAGGUGAUAAGCCAUGCGGAAAAAAAAUUAUUUAUUUUGAGUUGAUUUCUCAACUGUGUAUUACUAACAUCCAAAAUGUUACAAAGGCGGUGGUAAAAAUGUUCAAUUAUACAGCUAAUUUUGUGUCCACUGGGAUUUAUUGUCUACCAUGUAUUACUGACUUUUUAAUGGCAAUGAAAGUAUCUGAGCCACAAGGCAAGCCUUAUUUGUGCAUUUUCAA